UAAUUAUAACAACUUCUCUAAUCCUUAAAUUUCGGACAAGCACCUCGUGUUAUCUUCUUCUUGAUCUCUUUCCAAAACGCCUUCUCUCUGUUUUUUUCUUUUUUUUUGUUUCCAAUGUACCGAUCAAUGGGUACUGCAAGAUCCAUAAUCUCUUUAAAGCUCGUGCUCUUCUUGCUUUUGACCAUCCCUACUCGAGCUCAAAGAACAACAACGGAGACUCCAAUAACAGAGUUUAUUUUCCGAGGUUUUAGUGGAAACCAAUCGAAUAUUGUGACUACGGGAGCUGCGACGAUCAAACCCGACGGACUAUUGAGGCUCACUGACCGAAACUCGAACGUUACCGGUACAUCUUUCUACCACAAAGCGGUGAGAUUGCUGGAGACCAAUACACGUUCCACAAACGCUACGGUUCGUUCUUUUAGCACUUCUUUCGUAUUCGUCAUAAUCCCUACAAGCUCCAGCAACGGAGGUUUUGGCUUCACCUUCACGCUAUCUCCAACCCCUGAUCGUACCGGAGCCGAAUCUGCACAGUAUUUAGGACUUCUCAACAAAGGUAACGACGGGAAUUUGACGAAUCACGUUUUUGCCGUGGAAUUCGACACGGUGCAAGGUUUCAAAGACGGUGCCGAUAGAACAGGCAAUCACAUCGGUCUAAAUUUCAACAGUUUAACAUCUGAUGUUCAAGAACCGGUCGUGUAUUACGACAACGAAGAUCCUGACCGGAAAGAGGAUUUCCCACUACAGAGCGGCGAUCCGAUCCGAGCAAUUUUGGAUUACGAUGGGCCAACUCAAACGCUAAACUUAACUGUCUACCCGGCUAAUUUGAAGUCUAGACCCGUAAGGCCUUUGAUCUCCCGACCGGUUCCGAAAUUAUCGCAAAUCGUGCAAGAAGAAAUGUAUGUCGGAUUCACAGCAGCUACAGGGAGAGAUCAGUCGAGUGCUCAUUACAUCAUGGGCUGGAGUUUUUCUAGCGGCGGCGAUCUUCUAACUGCAGAUACACUUGACCUGUUGGAACUUCCUCGUCCGCCUCCGAAUACAGCAAAGAAGAGAGGUUACAAUUCUCAAGUACUCGCUCUGAUCGUAGCUCUAUCGGGCGUAACCUUGGUCUUGCUUGCGUUACUCUUCUUCUUCGUGAUGUAUAAGAAACGAUUGCAACAAGGAGAGAUUCUUGAAGACUGGGAAAUCAAUCAUCCUCACAGACUCAGAUAUAAAGAUCUCUACGCUGCUACUGAUGGAUUCAAGGAGAAUAGGAUUAUCGGAACCGGAGGAUUCGGAACCGUUUUCCGAGGAAACAUCUCGUCGCCUUCGUCUGAUCAAAUCGCUGUGAAGAAGAUAACUCCGAAUAAAAUAGUAUCCGGGAGAAGACCGACGGACUCAGGGACAUUCUUCUUGGCAGAUUGGGUUAUGGAAUUGCACGCGAGAGGAGAGAUUCUUCACGCGGUGGAUCCGAGACUUGGAUUUGGUUACGACAGCGUAGAGGCAAGGCUUGCUCUUCUUGUGGGAUUGCUCUGUUGCCAUCAAAGACCGACGUCUCGGCCGUCGAUGAGAAUGGUGCUUAGGUAUUUGAAUGGGGACGAAGAUGUUCCUGAAAUUGAUAACGAUUGGGGAUACUCAGAUUCUUCAAGAAGCGAUUUAGGAUCCAACUUUGAAGGAUAUGUUUCAUCGGAUAGGGUUUCGAGCUCAGUCGCAUCUUUCUCCGUUACAAGGAUUUCUUCCAGCUCUGUUGUCAGUGGUAGAUAGUGCAAAUUCACUUUGUAACUUAUAAUAAGCAGGACAGUAUUAC